CUUUGUCACUGAAUCCCGGGUCGAGGUUAUUCCGUGCCGCCAUAUUUCCUGGGGCGGGCGCCGCUGAAGCUAGACUCUCACGAGGCACUCCACACUUACAAUUAAAGACACUCAAGCAUAAUUAACCUCAACUGCGACUCUCUUUACCCAACACUGCUAUUGUAUUCACAGGUUCAUCUUGUGUCCCAACGUCACCGCUCGUCUGUGACAAGUCAUAUCAUUUUCUCUCUGCUUUACUAUUCGUAUUGAAAGCUCGCUCGGGACACUUCAUGGUGCUCGCUCCAUAACUUCCUCCCCCGCGGUCGUUGUCUCAUCCUUACGGUCUACACUCUACCGGUUUCUCGAGACUUCUACGAAGUCAAACACCAUCAUGGCCUCUGCAACCACCGAUGCACCUAUCGAUGCUAGUUCUAGCUCGACCAAGACUCCCGCUCAAUUGAUGCAAGAACAACAUGAAGCUGCCGAGUCACACCAUGUGACGGUUGAAGACGUUGUCGACGAGGAGGAUGUCCAACACCCUCCACCACCUCAUCAUGAAGCUGAAGAGUCGAAAAAUAUUCCUAACGGCACAAGCGAUGCUCCCAUGUCCGCCAAGGCUGCUGGCAAGCAGAAGGCGUCCGACAAGCCAACCGUCCUCGAUACCCAGUCCGAAGAGGCCUUCCCGGCUUUAGGAGCUUCUAGCAAACCUGCUGCGGCACCUACUUCACGAGCUCCUGGCUGGGUAGCCAGUGCUUCUGCGAAGGCUGCGCCCACAAACGGUUCCCCUGCAUUGGCAUCUCGUCCAACUUCCUCUGGUGCUGCCACCCCAUCAACUCCUGGAACAAGGACUCCCGCCUCAGCAGCAGCUGGUGCCCGUGCAGGUGUCCUGUUGCCAGGAAGAUAUCGAGACACCUUUGAGAUUGACAACUCGGAUCUUGACAGGAGCAAAUCCGUGAAGAGAGUCAUUGACGAUGUCAAGAAGAAGUACAAUGUGGUUGUCACACCGAAGUCAACCAAUUUCGCAACCAGGACCCAAUUCAUCGCCGAGGGCCCUAAGGCCCGAGUUACUGAGGCUCUGAUGCAUGUCUCCAAGGAGCUUACGAUCGAAAAACAAGUUAAACUUGAGAUCCCCUCGAACGUUUCUGCCCAAGUCAUCGGUAAAGGUGGUGCCAACAUCAAGAAGCUUGAACAGCAGUUCAAUGUUCGUAUCCACAUCGAUCGCGAUACCCGACCGCAAGCAAGCCCCGAGGAAAUCAGAACCGACGUUGUUGAGAUCCGCGGAAACGCCGCGCAGGUCCGCCAGGCGUAUGAACACAUCUCGAACCAGGUCAAGUCUCUCCAGCCAAAGAUUGACCUGCCUGUUCGCGGUGUACCACCAGAGUUCUACCCAUUUAUUGCCGGUCGACACGCAGAUCGCUUGCAACAGCUGGAACAAGACCGUGGUCUGCGCAUCAACGUGCCACAGUACCACACAUGGCAACAGCAACCUCCGCCUCGGCCUACUGAGACUGAACAGCGCCCUAACUUUGUUCCUCAUGGAGAUCAUCACAUUGUUGUCUCUGGCGAACAGGCUGCUGUCAUGGAAGCACGUGCAUUCCUGGAACAAUUGGCCGAAGAACUGCAGAAGGAACUUUUGCUGGAAGAGCUGGCAGCCGAGCAGAUACUACACCCUUACAUUGUUGGCGACCGCGGCAUGGACCCCCUGAAGUUCUUGGAGGAGACAGGCUGCGUCGUCAUCCUUCCGCCGCCGGAGCAUGAAACCGAGGAUAUCAACAUCAUCGGCCCCCAGGACAAGUUGAGCGCUGGCCGCAAUCUGGCGGAAGAACUCAUGUCUAGGAAGCACAACCGUGCGGUCGACAUGCAUAAACAUUUUAACGACGCCCCACAAGGGCCCGAACGACAUUCUCGUGCCCUAGCUCAAUAUCUGCAGCAGAAGGCCAUCGAGCGAGAAUUCAUGAAAUCCCAUGGUGCAGAAAUCGUCUUUCCGCCUAGCUCAAGCGCCUCAGCAAGCUGGAAUGUCAUUAGUAACGACCCUCAGAAGGCUCUAUCUGCUCGCAAUGAGCUGUCUAAGAUCACCCAAGCAUAUCCUUCCUCCAGACUUCAACUCGUGGAGGUUGACCCCUUCUUCCAUCCUCAUCUUGAACAGAUGCAUGCUUCGAAUCUGAAGGGUAACCUCGGUGUACAUAUGAUAGUCCCCGAAGACGGCUCGGAUCCGGUGGUGCUGGUAUACGAGGGUCCUUCUCAUGAUGAGCCUUUCACAGUCCCUCGCACAAAACCUUCACAAUCAGAGGUAGCCAACUUUGAAAAAGCUCUUCAGGAGGCACAAGCACAGUUGCUGAGCAAUAUUCCUCACCAAGGCAUUUCGGUGCAAGAUAUCCAUGUGCCAAAGAAGUACCACGACAAAGUCAGAAGAUUCGUGAACAACGAGCCAAAGCCGACACCACCAGAAGCAUUUCCAGUGCAGAUAGACUUUGGUCGAGCUGCGGGAAAUGUCAGACAAGCAGCAGGUGUUUCACGAGGUUUGCCUUCCGAGCAGAUUUUCCUGAGAGGGCCAAGUGAAACGGACAUCGAAGAUCUACGCCAGAAGAUCGAGGAAUUUCUCCGAGAGGCGGAAGAAGACGAAAAAGAACGUGGUUAUACAACUACCUUCCCAUUCCCUGCUCAAUUUGCCAAGAAUCUCAUCGGCAAACAGGGCGCUAAUAUCAAAGCGAUGCGUGAAAAGCACGACGUGGAUAUUGAUACGCGUGAAAAUGGUCAAAUCACCAUUCAAGGGCCUCAAAAGAAGGCCGAGGCAUGCAAAGCCGAAAUUCUUCGUCUGGCAAAACAAUGGGAAGACGAGGUCAAUUUCGCCGUCAAGAUUGAUCCCAAAUAUCAUGGCAUGCUUGUGGGACGAAACGGAGAAAACCUCCAGAAGAUCCAAAGCAAAGUCGACAACGUCGUGAGAAUUGAUUUUCCGAAAGCGUCCAGAGCUAAUGACGAUGCUUCCGCUGCUGACAAUGCCAGCGAAGUCGGCGGCAACAAGGGCCAGCCACAGGAUGAAAUCAGGAUCCGUGGACCUCGCGCGAAGGCCGAAAAGGUGCGCGACGAGCUCCUGAGUCUCCAUCAAUACUUGGUCGACAACUCCCAUACCGCCACCGUCUCCGUUGCACAGGAUCAAAUUGCAUCGCUGAUUGGCAGACGGGGAAUGGAGAUGGAGAAGCUUCGAGCUGAGACAGGGGCUCAGAUUGAUAUUCCUAAGUCUGACGGAUCUGAACGCGUGACUAUACAGAUCAAGGGCACCAAGUCACAGGUCGACAAGGCCAAGCAAGAGCUGCAGAAGCGAGCCAAGGCAUUUGACGCUGUUGAAACACGCACAUUGAACGUCGACAGGAAGCACCAUCGUGCAUUAAUUGGUGCUGGUGGAUCUAACAUCCAGAGUAUCGUCUCGAAAGCGGGCGGUACAGGGACUAGUGCUGAGCACGUGCGCUUCCCUCGCCAAGGUGACGAAUCGAGCGAGCUUACCGUCAAGGGCACCACUGAUGUGGUCGAGAAAAUUGUGGCAGCUAUCCAGACCUUUGUGGAUGAAAGAGAAAACCAGAUCACAGAAACGAUAGAUGUGCCCAUCAGUCAACACCGCGAGCUAAUCGGACCUAAUGGAAGCAUUCGGAAGAAGAUCGAAGACGACUUCACUGUCAGUCUCAACGUUCCUCGACAAGGAUCAGGUCAGACAGGAGUCAAAAUUAGUGGCCGGUCAGAGCACGUAUCGCAAGCGAAAGAGCACAUCCAGAGCCUGACCACGAAGCAGCAGGGUGAGACUAUCAUGGUCCCGAAAGCCUUGCACCAUGUGGUCUCGAAGAAUGGUGCUCUUUUCCGGGAGUUGUCCAGAGACGGAGUCCGCGUCGAUCACAACGGUCACAAGCCACCGCCAAAACCAAGAGGUGCCGGACGUGGUCCUCAGCGGACCACAAAUGGCGACAUGCCCUUGAUCACAGAUCAGCCCGCUGAAGGGUCCCACACAUGGGACAUAGUCUCGAAUCAAGCUGCUUUGGACGGCGACGAUGGAGAGAUCCCAUGGGUACUUCUUGCCGGAAAGGACGUUUCGGAAGACGCCGUCACGAAGGCCAAGCAGAAGAUCCAGUCGUCCAUCGAGAAGGCCAAGGAACCGCAAUUUACAGGCUACCUCAUCCUUCCUGAUCCACGGCUGCAUCGACACAUUAUCGGACAAGGCGGUUCGACCAUCAACUCGAUACGAAAGGCGUCCGGUUGCGACAUCCAGGUUCCGAACCGCAAUUCUAGCAAGGGCGAGGAAGGUGAAGCCAUUACCAUCGUUGGCAAGGAGGACGGUGUCUUGUCUGCGCGUGAUUUGAUUCUCGAGGAGAUCAAGCGGGCUCAGGCGGGUCGUGCAUAGAGUGCAUACUGAGGUUUGACGGACAAACAAAAAGUUUUGGAUGGACACGGCCAUGUAACAGUACCUACUAAUGCGUGGUUGACAUCUGAGUUGAUAGGGAAGAUACCUAAAAAGAAAGACCUUGUCCUUAUAUGUUCACUGAUGGAAAGUCAUGCUCCUGGAUGGACAAAAAGUAUUCAAUAUAGUAGUGUAUACGACUGGUGAGCAAUGUUAUCCGAUAAUAUCACCACGCAGAAGUUUGGUACGCUUUGAGAGGAUUACUUCUCAUGACCGAUGUGCUCGCCUCGAUAUAUACAUAU